CUCUAUAUAAUAUCAUACCCCCCAUUCUCACUUCUUCGCCACACCACACCACAACACAAACUCUUUACGUAUAAAAAAAAAAAGUUCAUAUCUUUGUGUAAACGAUUUUUUUUUCAUAUACCGAAACAAAAAUGGACUUCGUAGAGUUUGUGUGUGUUGUUCUAACCAUAUUUUUCAUGGAUCUAAAGAUCUCUGAAGCUACAUCUCGUGUCGCUUUGUACAAGCCAUCAUCCAUUGUUGAUUACCACCAGCAAUGGAUGAUUCAAUUUUCUCGAGUUUAUGACGAUGAAUUUGAGAAACAGUUGAGGCUUCAAGUGCUCACGGAAAAUUUGAAAUUCAUUGAGAGCUUCAAUAAUAUGGGGAAUCAAAGCUACAAACUUGGUGUUAACGAGUUCACAGAUUGGACUAAAGAGGAGUUCCUUGCCACCUACACCGGUCUCAGAGGCGUUAAUGUAACUUCACCAUUCGAAGUGGUUAAUGAAACGAAGCCAGCUUGGAAUUGGACCGUCAGUGAUGUCCUUGGCACGAACAAAGAUUGGAGAAACGAAGGAGCCGUAACACCUGUGAAAUCCCAAGGAGAAUGUGGAGGUUGUUGGGCAUUCUCAGCGAUAGCAGCGGUGGAAGGUCUGACAAAGAUUGCCCGUGGAAACCUCAUAUCACUAUCCGAACAACAACUUCUAGAUUGCACCAGAGAGCAGAACAAUGGUUGCAAGGGAGGAACAUUUGUAAAUGCUUUCAACUACAUAAUUAAACACCGAGGCAUUUCUUCAGAAAACGAAUACCCUUACCAAGUGAAAGAGGGCCCAUGCCGGUCCAACGCUAGACCCGCCAUACUAAUCAGAGGGUUCGAAAACGUUCCAAGCAACAACGAGCGUGCGUUACUCGAAGCCGUGUCAAGACAACCUGUCGCAGUGGCCAUUGAUGCCAGUGAGGCCGGUUUCGUUCAUUACUCUGGGGGAGUGUACAAUGCGCGGAACUGUGGGACUAGUGUAAAUCAUGCAGUGACGCUCGUUGGCUACGGCACGAGCCCGGAAGGGAUGAAGUACUGGUUGGCUAAGAACUCUUGGGGUAAGACUUGGGGAGAGAAUGGUUACAUUAGAAUUCGUAGAGAUGUGGAGUGGCCUCAAGGCAUGUGUGGUGUAGCUCAGUAUGCUUCUUAUCCGGUUGCGUAA